UUUUUGUCUCAACCAUUGUUGAUGUUGUGAUUGUGAAAUGUACGUAAUCGAAGUCAUGCUGGUGCAUUAAUCAUCGUGUUUUAUACUAAAUCCACGCGUAAAUACAGCCAGUUUGAACAAAGAAGAUAGUAAGUUUAUUUGGCAAACAUUGACAAAAAAGGUUUUACCCCGAAAAAGUAUCGAGGCGCAAUAGCGAACAAAAUACCUGCUGUGCAAAUAAUCAUCGUAGCUGGACUAUCGGUGCUUUCAUAGAACAAACAAAAAGGUAACUCGUGAAUUAAACCUCAAAAUGGCAUCCAAGGAGGAAGACAAUCUUCCGGAGAACAAGAAACUCGCCCGAAAGGAGAAAGAACUCGGAAACGAGGCUUACAAAAAGAAGGAUUUUCCGACUGCCUUGACUCACUACAACGCGGCCGUCCAGCAGGAUCCAACGGAUAUUACAUUCCACAAUAACAUCGCCGCCGUGUACUUCGAGCAAAAGGAGUUCCAGAAGUGCAUCAGUGAAUGCGAAAAAGCCGUUGAAGUGGGGCGUGAGAACCGAGCGGACUACAAGCUGAUUGCGAAAGCUUUCACGAGAAUCGGAAAUGCCUACCGGAAGUUAGAAGAUUACAAAUCCGCUAAGACUUAUUUCGAGAAAAGUCUUUCAGAGCAUCGAACGCCAGAUGUGAAAGCUCUGCUUAGUGACACGGAAAAGAAGAUCAAGGAACUGGAAAGACUGGCCUACAUCGAUCCAGCAAAGGCAGAACAAGAAAAGGAGAAAGGCAACGAUUGCUUCAAGAAGGGCGAUUACAGUGCAGCGGUCAAACACUACACGGAAGCCAUCCAGCGCAAUCCGGAGGAUGCAAAGUUGUACAGCAAUCGAGCAGCUUGUUACACGAAAUUAGCUGCUUUUGAUCUUGGUCUUAAAGAUUGCGACACGUGCUGUAGAUUGGACGAAACCUUCAUCAAGGGCUGGAUUCGCAAGGGAAAAAUUCUGCAAGUCAUGCAGAAAUCAUCGGAAGCUCAGACUGCCUACCAGAAAGCGCUGGAAAUUGAUCCCAACAAUGCCGAAGCACUGGAAGGAUACCGGGCGUGCACAAUGGCUGUGCAUUCGGAUCCGAAGGAAGUCUGGAAGAAGGCCAUGAACGAUCCGGAGGUACAGCAAAUCCUCAAGGAUCCAGCGAUGCGAAUCAUCCUCGAGCAGAUGCAGAAUGACCCGAAGGCGGUUCAAGAGCAUCUCAAGAACCCUCAGGUGGCAUCGAAGAUUCAGAAGCUGCUCGAGUCGGGCAUCAUCCAAAUCUAUUAAAGGCGAGAGCAUGCAUAACGAUGGGUUUCCGUAAGCAAGUGUGUUCAAAACAAGGUGUUAGGUAAAAUAAAAAUCCGGCAGGGUCAGCUAGCGCCAGUCGUCUGAAUCUGCUCAAAGCAAUUGGAUUUGUUUUCAUCAUAUUUUUAUCGAAUUACCUACAUCAUUUUUUUAAUGGCCCCCGUUAAGCACCGUUCGAAGAAAUGCAAAUCGAUUACGAUGAACUCUUAUUAUUGCUUAAAUAGGUGAAUACAUGAGGAAACCAAUAUGCUUAGCAGAUUUGCAACAAAUACCAAUCGACUAAAACUUUACAAUUAACGUUACGGACAUGAGACAACAACAAUUGCCUAGAUAAAGCAAAAUUACUACUACCAAUAAAGGAGCAACAGUAAGAAAUGCAUAGUUACAAACUAGCCUGUAAACAAAAGUAAUAUUUGAAGUAAAGCUAGGUCUAUUAACAAAAAUAA